AUGCCAGGUUCAUGUGGCUAUGUGGCAGAGGCGCAUGCUUCCGCCAGGUUGCGGGAAGCCACCAAUGAGGAUAUGCCGUGGAUCGGCUUCACCAUCGCUUCCAUGGUGAUGAGCCCUUUCGGGCUCUCGUCCAAGAAUUUCCUGGUCGCAGAGGACAGCGGUCCGGAUGCUGAACGCGUAGGCUUUGGGCAGCUGCGUCCCCUUGCGGAUGCUGAGGACAGCCCAAUGCUGCUGGCCUCGCUCUAUGUGUCUCCCGAGCGCCGUGGGAAGGGCGUCGGCUCUCAGCUGGUGCGGGCGCUCCUCGACAGAUUCCCGGCCAGGCAGAUCUAUGCGCUCACCCUGCGGAACAAGCUGGGCUUCUUCCAUCGGCUGCAAUUCCGCGAGAUCUCAGGCGAGGAGCUGAAAACGCUCCCGGACCUUUUGGCUCUGGAAGCACAGCUUGGGAGGUUCAUCGCGCCGGUUGCCGCCGGACAGCCGCUGGUGGUGCUUCGCCUCCUGUUGCGGCACCUGGAACGCCUGGACGGCCUGGCGGAGGAGCUGCGAGCCCAUCAGCCUCCAGAUAUCACUGAAGUUCAGGAUCUCAACCAGGAACUCAGCGGUUGGCUCACCUGCGCGGACCAAUUUGCUCAAGGUCAAGUUGCCUCCAGCGAAAACGGAGUGACGACGAGGCGCUGGCUGCUGUCUGUGGCCAAUGCCGGCAGCCAGGUGGCACGGGCCAACGCCAAGCUGCUGCAAAAGAAGGUCGAGACGCGGCUGCAGAAGUCGGAGAAGUCCACCCGGCCGGCGUCCUCGAAGAAUCCGAAGGUCUUGCAGAGCAUCCUCAGUGAAGCGGAAUGCUUAAAGCAGCAGGUGGGGAGUACCGUGGCGCUGGAUGCAUCGAGCGUGGGGCGCCAGCUGGUGCAGCUGCUGGAGGCAGCCGACCUCUCGAGCAUCUUCGCUUCAUGCCAUCAGGAUAUUCCCGUCACACCCAGCACCCCGCAGCCUUUCAUGAUGGCUGCCCUGCAGGAGCAGUCGUUCAGACGUGUCGCGGAGGCAGCUGAACAGCAGCGGCCCCGCGUGCAAACGCUGUGCAGAUACCUCUCCAUCCCGAAGACACUCACGCUGGCUCCAGACGCUCAGCAGGUGCAGCUCCGGUGCAAGAGCAGCGCUUCGCAAGCAGCGCUGCAGGCACUGACGCCGCUGAGGUUGUCCCUGGAGACUGCCUCGCAAGAGUUGAAGGCAGCGCUGGCGCCAAAGCAGGCGGCGGGAUCUGGAGGGCGAAGCCUGGCCGCGCGGCUGCAGAGUCGGCCAUCGCUGAAGGAGCUGGAGACGUCCUUGGACCGGCUGGAGGCUGGCCUGCGCACGGCUCGCCGCGCGCUGAAAGGCAGAUCCGAAAAGAAGCCGAAGAGAGGCAAAGAACGAAAGGAAGCGCAACAAGAGCCCGAGGCAAGUCCGCCGCUGCCAGUGCAGGCAGCGCAGAUAGCGCCAGCGCAGGCCGCGAAGACUGUGCACACGCCGCCGAAGGUUUCAACUUCCAAAGCGACGCCCAGAACUGUGGUCAUCAACUGCGCCAAUGUCGGGACCGUGUACUCCGAGAGCCGCGCCCUCACUUCGAUCCGCGCACGAUGGGUGAGUAAAAGCGAAAAGUGCACCGAAAUGCAGCAGGCCCAGAAGGUCAGCGCGCACAGUGACAGCGAAGGCGCUAAGGAGAUUCAGAAGAACCGCACCUACCGCAGCGGUGUUGACGAUCCGCGCAUCCUUGGGACGCGGUGGAUUUCCGAUGGACAGAAAGCGCAACAGGAAUAUUGCCGGCAGCAGGAGAUGGCGGCCAGAAACAUAAGCGCACCAACCACGCGCAAAAAUGGCAAGAAGAAGAGAAGGCCCAAGGAGCCGGAGCCUCUUGAAGAAGGCUCGGCCGUGCAUUGGGCGAUGAUGAGGGUCAUGGGGCGGGCGUCUGCAGCAGUGGUGGCGGACGCUCCCGAUGCCGCAGCUGCGCUGGUGGCGGACACUGUGGAGGCGGACACUGCCAAUGUCGCAGAUGCAGCCUCCGUUGCGGCGGAUGCGCGGGAUUUCGCGGAUGCUGUGGUGGCGGACAAUGCCAAUGCCACAGAUGCAGCGCCUGAUGCCGCAGAUGCUGUGGCGGCGGACACCGUGGUGGCGGACACUGCCUCUGCCGCAGAUGCAGUGCCCAAUGCCGCAGAUGCCGAGGUGGCGGACACAGUGGUGGCGGACACUGCCAAUGCCGCAGAUGCAGUGCCCGAUGCCGCAGCUGCGCUGGUGGCGGACACUGUGGAGGCGGACACUGCCAAUGUCGCAGAUAUGCAGCCUCCGUUGUGGCGGAUGCGCGGGAUUUCGCAGAUGCUGUGGUGGCGGACAAUGCCAAUGCCACAGAUGCAGCGCCUGAUGCCGCAGAUGCUGUGGUGGCGGACACCGUGGUGGCGGACACUGCCUUUGCCGCAGAUGCAGUGCCCGAUGCCGCAGAUUCUGUGGUGGCGGACACUCCUGAUGCUGCAGAUUCAGCGGCAGUCGUGGCGGAUGCCGCGGCUUCGGUGA